GUCGGUGCUCCGUCGGAUCGGCACACCGCGCACUUUUGCUCUCGCCACCAGCAAACGCACUCGAAACAUCGCUCGCCAUGAGAUCCAGAACCAAGUUCAAGGAGGACGUCUACAAUUGAAUAAGAACAAUGCGGCGGAGGGAAGUGCUGGACUGAAAAUGCCAGUUUCAAAAUGCGGCACCAAUAUAGACCGGGACCGUACGUUGUGCAAAACAUUUAUCAUGCUUGGAAAAGUUGUGUACGCAGCACAACAGAAUAAACCCCACAGUGAAACCAUCAAGAAGAGUCCAACUUGAUUAUAAUUCACUCUCAAUUGGUAAUGCGCUUGCUCCUGUUGAUGCUGCUGGCGUGGCCAUGCUGCAGCUUUAACCUGUCGAGUCCGUGGGCCCUGAGGGCAGGGCCACCGCCGCGCACCAUCUCCCUGCUCGGCCUCUUUGAGCUGACGACGACGACGGGGGUGGCUCGGUCGGAGGGGCGCAGCGAGUUGGAGGCGGCCCGCAUGGCCGUGAGGCACAUCAAUCAGCGCACGUCGCUGCUGCCCGGUCUCAAGCUGCACCUCCUCACCAACGAUACCAAGUGCGAUCCCGGGGUCGGCGUGGACGCCUUUUUCCAUGCCCUCUACACGCGGCCCUCGACCAAACUGCCGAUGCUUCUGGGAAGUGCUUGUUCCGAGGUCACCGAAAGCCUGGCAAAAGUCACGCCCUACUGGAACAUUGUGCAGGUUGCGUUUGGAUCGACGUCGCCGUCACUGAGCGACCGACGCGAAUUUCCGCUCUUCUACCGAACCGUCGCCCCCGACUCGUCGCACAACCCUGCGCGAUUGGCGUUUGUCCGUGGGUUCGGAUGGGACACUGUCACUGCCCUCAGUCAAGAUGAGGACGUUUUCUCAUUGGCUGUGAACGACUUGGUAACCGAGCUGGAGGAGGCAAACAUCACGUGCACGGCGACCAUCACUUUCUCGGAGCGCGACUUUAAGGACCAGCUGCGGCACCUGAGGGAUUUGGACACCCGCAUCAUAAUCGCCAGCUUUUCGCACCAAGUGGCGCCGAAAAUCUUUUGCGAGGCGUACCGCCUGGGCAUGUACGGCUCUGAUUACGCGUGGAUCAUCCAGGGCAGCCCCAUGGACCAGCCGUGGUGGUCGGAUGCGCCGAAGGCUGGCGGCUGUUCGCAGGCGGCGCUCAUGGCUGCGGUCGAAGGCCUUCUGCUCGUCUCCAGCCACAACAGCCUCGUUGGACCAGAACCAUCUUUAUCGGGGCUGACAAACGCAAUGUUUGAGGAGCAAUUCCGUUCGCAAAAUCUACCGAUCACGCGUUACACGCCACAAACGUACGACGCUGUGUGGGCCAUCGCGAUGACCCUGCACAACACGGAAAGUCGGAGGCGAUCCCUCGGCCUCGCGUCCAUUUCCAACUUCGACUACGGAGACUCGCACAUGGCGCACGAGUUCCUUCGGGAGAUGGCCGGCCUCGAGUUCCUUGGUGUGUCGGGUCCCGUUUCCUUCAGUGGAGCUGACAGAGUGGGAAUUUCUGCGUUCUAUCAAGUGCAAGGUGGCGUGGUGCAGAAAGUGGCUCUUUUUUACCCGUCCUCGGACCGUCUGGACUUUGAAUGUCCGCAGUGUGAGCCCCUGCGGUGGCAGGGAGGCCAGGUGCCGAUUGCCAAGCGCGAGUUUCGCCUCAGGGUCGUCACCAUCGAGCGCACUGCGUUCUACAGCGUCGCAUGCCUCGCCGGCGCUGGGAUUUGUCUCGCCACUGUGUUCCUGGGGUUCAACCUCUACUUCAGAAAGCUCAAAUACAUCAAGCUGUCGAGUCCUCGGCUGAACAACAUUGCCGUCGUUGGCUGCAUCCUCGUCUACACGGCUGUCAUUCUGCUCGGCCUGGACCACGCCACGCUGCCUGCCGGCGGCGCCCACUUCGCAAAUGUUUGCACAGCCAGGGCUUAUCUGCUAUCGGCCGGAUUCUCGCUCGCCUUCGGCUCAAUGUUCACUAAAACCUACCGUGUUCACCGCAUCUUCACGAGCAGUCGCAGCGGAGUUGUCAAAAAUAAGUUGCUGCAAGACACACAACUCAUCUCGCUUAUCUGCGCGCUGCUGCUCGUAGACAUUUUGAUCGUCACCCUCUGGGUGUCCGUGGACCCCAUGCAGCGUCACCUAAAAAACCUUUCCCUGGAGAUUUCUGCCAUCGACCGCAGCGUCGUAUACCAACCGCAAGUGGAGGUCUGCAGGUCGCAGCACACCAGCGGCUGGCUUGGAGCCCUUUACGUCUACAAGGGGCUGCUGCUCAUCGUCGGCGUCUACAUGGCGUGGGAAACUAGACGGGUGAAAAUACCUGCUCUGAACGACUCGCAGUACAUAGGGAUGAGCGUCUACUCGGUGGUCAUAACUAGUGGCAUUGUGGUGGUGCUGGCCAACCUCAUUUCGGAAAGAGCUACCCUGGCUUUUGUGACCAUCACAGCACUUAUUUUGGCUUCCACGUCCACGACGCUCUGCCUGUUGUUUGUGCCAAAGAUUCACACAAUAUGGCUCCACCCAGAUGGGGACCCCAUAGUGGAAAGCAUGGGCUUGAAAAUAGAGUGCAACACCAGAAGAUUCGUUAUAGACGAGAGGAGGGAGCGGUACUACAGGGUUGAGGUGCAGAACAAGGUGUACAGACGAGAGAUGGCCGCGCUGGACGUGGAGAUCAACAAGCUCGAAAGAAUGCUCAUCGAACCUCCGCCCUCGCCGUCGACUUCCGCCUCUGUUAGCCACGGAAGCGUUUCCCUGCCCGGCUCUUUGAGGGACGACGACGGCAUGUCCGAGGGAGACGAGGCCGACGAGGACUCGGAGGUGCCGCACUCGCCCCUACCCCGGCCGAUGCCCAUGUACAACCCGCGGGGUGCGGCGGCCCUUUUGCUCAGCGUAGUGCCCUCGGUGGUGCCGAGGGCCAGCUGGCCGUGCGCCCAGGCGGCAGAACGACAGCAGGUCACCUUCCGUUCGGAACCUGAGCUAGACCAGGCGACCGAACACGACCAGCCGAGCAGCGCGGCCGCCCUUCUCAAAAAGCUGCUGCCCAGAAUCUGGCGACCAGCCCGCGCCAAGGCAAAUCGCAGUGCCAUUGCGGCCGCGCUCAGGAUGCACGUCAACUACGUGACUGGUUUAGUGCCAGACCCCCACCCUGACCGUAAAUUCUCACUGACCGCUUGCAUUGCCACAGACUCGGCGGCGGCGGCGCCGUCGUCGGCGCCGUUCCGCGAGCGGGCGCGCGGCUCGCCGCGCUUCCCGCACCGGAUCGUGCCGUCGGGGCUGCUGGCGCCGACGGCGCGCACCGGCAAGUGCCGCUCGCUGGACACCAGCAUGGACGCGGUGUCGUGCGGCCGGUGCGGCGGCCUCCAGCAACGCAACGCCACCAGCUGCGUCGGCUGCGCACGCCGCAGCAAACCGCGCGCCGCCAGCCUCAGCCCCAACUGCGACGUGUGGUGCGUCGAGCAGAGCGUCGCCAACGACGGCGAGCUCACCAUCACCAUCCACAGGACAGAGUCGCAGUGCACCUGAAUCAAAAGCAGUUCGAUCUCUACAAACAAAAUUUAAUAUUUAAUAUUAUAUAACCAUCUUCAUUCCGCACAAGCCCUUUCAAUUGCUUAUGUUCAUUGUAAUACCUGUAAAAAAAUUUAAAUAUUUUUUACCCUUAUCCCUAUUCCACAAAUGAGCCGAAUAAUUUUCCGGUUUCAAAUAAAACUUAAUUAAAAAAAAAUCGUACGCCGUUUUCCAAAUUUGAAUUGGAAAUUGGAACACAUUAAUUGAAGUCCUUAAUUUAUUCCUUUAGCUCACAAUUGAGAUUUGACAUUUUGAGCUGAAAGUCCAUUUAUUUUAGUAGCCACUGUAAGGUUGCUUAAUCAAUAUUAUGUAACAGAUGUAAAGUAAUACAUUUAAAUUUUUAUCUCAAAUAAAGGCAAAUCUCAAAUUAGCUGUCAAUUUUGAAAGUACGGAAAACUUUAUUAAUGACGAUUGUUUUCUAUGAUACAAAAUUCUGAUUAAGAGGUUUUAUAUAAAAAAAUGGCGCUAAUUGUAAGAACAGACAUUAUCACAUUUUAAACGGACUCCACGCCACAAAAGUUCAUUUCCCUUGCAAGUCAAUUGAAACGAAGUAAAUUCUCAAAAUCAGCGAGCAAAUGAAACUUUGAGAAAAAAAAUUAUCAAAUUAGCAGCAGAAUCGUAAAAAUUUAAAUGCCCCAAAGUAUAGCGUCAUUUCUAUAUUUCAUAAAUGAAUAUAUUUUUAGAUCAUUGAGUUAUUCGGGUGGACUUGUAGGGCAGAAUUUUAAACUCUCUCUCUGUCAAAGGGAGCUGACGCCUGGCGCAUCCAGGGUGAAUUUUCACAACCUUGUGAAUGUUAGAGACGAUGGCAAUAAUAGAAAUUUCUUUGAAUAGAUUCUUCAGGUACCUUUUAAUUUUUGAUCUCAAUUUCUCUCAAGAUUUUGAUUUGCAUUAUUUCCGUCCUAGGCGUAGAUAGUUUAAAAAUGUGUGCCACGAUAUGUGUAAAUAAUUACGACGUUUCAUUGUUGCAAUAAGUUAUAAGAAUUCACACCGAGAGGAGGCAGUGCUAAAUUUUCAGAUUAAGAAAGUAUGUUAACGCAGCGCAUGAGAAAUGAAAACUCACACAUUUGGGGAAAAUCGAACGCUACAUCAAUAGAAAGUUUAAGUAAGCAUCUUAAUUAUAUUUCAGCAGUCACAGCUUGCGAUAAGUUUGGCGAGAAAAUUAUUCUUCCCCAAGUUGUAAUUUUCUCACCAAACAGAGGGCAAGUGUCAUAAAAAUAUAAUUUACACACAAUCAAAACGAUUUAAUAAUAAUUUUUAGGAAUUGAUAGGAGCUCUGGAAGCAUCGAUCAAAGUUAAUAUCUUAGGAUUUGCACUGACUCCGAAAAUAAGCUGUUUACAAAACAAAUAUUAGGUGUGGAUAAAUGUUUAGGUGGUAGAUAGGUGUGAUUGGUUGUUGGUGUGCAAUCAAUGUCAAAAACAGAUUCACUCUGAAACUCUUCAUUGCGAAACGACCACGCUGACUUGCCCACUCCAAAUGCUCAUCCUUUGUCAAAAGAUCAAAAUACUAAUUUAGCGCGUAAGUCAUGUUUAUCAAACAUCUUAGAAUUAAAAUUAUGUAACGUUCGACGUAUAAAUAAAAUAUAUUUAUGUUUAAGCGAUGAGUACAAUUUGAACUGACUUCAGCAGUUUUCUCUUCUCUCUCACUACACGUGUAUAAUCGAAUCAGAGAAGCGGCUCAUUCAUCUCUCAUGAUUUUAAUCUGUGUUUUCGCUCUCGGGAAUUUUGUUUCGACAAGACUUUUAAAAUAAAUGCUCUCUAGGUUUAUAAACUAAUGAACUGUGAUUCAAACUACCUAUACGAAUGUUAA